UGGGACAGGGAGCAUUGAUGGGAACUGGCCAGAAGACACUGUACCCAGUACAGUUUUCACAGGUUAAAAGGAACACAAUUUUAAACUUCUCAUUCUGACCGUUUAUUUAUUUACAUGCUACAGGGGCGUUACCUCCCGCGCGCCCACUAGCCAUGUAACGACCUCACACAGAGCUUCCGUUCAUGGUGAUUUCUAGGUUUCUUUCUCCAAACUGAAGCCCUAAUUUACACUUCUUUAUCGCCAGAACUGAACUAUAUUGUUAGAACCAAUGUUUGCCAUAUGGUAUCGGAUUCUCCAUUGAUUGUGUGAAUCCUGCCUUUCGAAAAAAAAGACCCGGGGAAAGCUUGAUAGCUUUUGCCGGUUCUGGGACUUUCGUGCGAAAUUCAACUAGGGUUUCUGUUCCUGGGAUGUAAUUUGGGAUGGUUAGUGAUGGCUCGAGACGGAUACAUCGUCCCUGCGGAUCCUCAAGCGUCUCUGAAGAAGAAAACAGCCGUCUCGAGGAGCUGGAUUUUGUUGGAUUGUACCGGUGAAGGGACGAUCUUGGAUGUCGACAAGUAUGCUAUCAUGCACCGAGUUCAGAUUCAUGCUAGAGAUCUCCGGAUCCUCGAUCCUCUAUUGUCGUAUCCUUCGACGAUAUUGGGUCGAGAAAAGGCAAUUGUUCUCAAUUUAGAGCAUAUUAAAGCUAUAAUCACUGCAGAAGAGGUAUUGCUUAGAGAUCCUCAUGAUGAUAAUGUUAUUCCUAUUGUUGAAGAACUUAAAAGGCGAUUACCCCCUGUAAAUGCCUGCAAUAUCCAAGGAGAUGGGAGAGAAAACCGGAGUGGGCACAAUGAUGUUGAAGUGAGUGAAGAAGACGAGUCUCCAUUUGAGUUUCGAGCCCUAGAAGUAGCACUUGAAGCUAUUUGUAGUUUCCUUGGUGCACGCACAACAGAACUGGAGACUGAUGCUUACCCAGCUUUAGAUGAAUUGACCUCCAAGAUUAGUAGCCGUAAUUUGGAUCGUGUUCGUAAACUGAAGAGUGCAAUGACAAGGUUGACAGCUCGAGUUCAAAAGGUGAGGGAUGAGCUUGAACAACUUCUGGAUGAUGAUGAUGAUAUGGCAGACCUUUACCUUUCAAGAAAAUUAGCUACGGCUUCUUCACCAGUCAGUGGCUCCGGUGCACCCAAUUGGUUACCUGCUUCCCCUACUAUAGGAUCGAAGAUAUCCAGGGCAAGCCGAGCAAGUUUUGCAACCAUUCGUGGAGAUGAAAAUGAUGUUGAGGAGCUUGAAAUGUUGCUUGAGGCAUACUUCAUGCAGAUUGAUGGUAUAUUGAACAAAUUGACCACGCUGCGUGAAUAUAUUGAUGAUACAGAGGAUUACAUUAAUAUUCAGCUUGACAAUCAUCGGAACCAGUUGAUUCAGCUAGAGCUCUUCCUAAGUUCUGGAACUGUUUGUUUAUCCAUCUAUUCUUUGGUGGCUGGAAUAUUUGGCAUGAACAUCCCAUACACGUGGAAUGAUGACCAUGGAUACGUAUUCAAAUGGGUGGUCAUCCUUACGGGGAUAGCUUGUGCCUGCCUUUUCGUAUUGAUAGUUUCCUAUGCCCGCUAUAAAGGUCUUGUAGGGUCUUGAUAUUCUCAGCAGAAGUAGGGUCAUUUUGAAAGGAGCUAGAGAACCCCUCUGAGCAUUCCUAAUAUUUACAUGAAAUAAGUUAUUGCUGCUGAGACUUGACAGCCAGGUCCGAUGAAGCAGGCAGUGUUUUACUUGGAGGACCAUGGUGAUUUAGGUGGGACCAAUAACAAUGUCAUCCAUCCAAUUUCAGGCACCAACCAACAAGGAAUCAUGAAUGGGUGCAUGGUAACCUUUUUUAAUAGUUUUACUUUGAUUAGUGAUUCUUCUUGUUUUAAUAUACCUCAGAACUGGGUUGAAACGAGUGCAUAAUUUCACUCUUUCACAUUUGUAAUCAGCAUAUCAGCUAUUAAUUAUUAUGCCCUAAUGCAGAAUUGGAUAUUAUGAAAA